AUGGGCACCGUCUCCACAGUUUGUUCCGAGUGCCGCGAGCCCCUGCAGAUCCAGUUGUACUAUGUGCCACACAAGGGCGAGGCAGAUCACGAGUUUAUGGUUCUGGCCGGUGAUCGCGAGAGGCGCCAACCCUAUCACCUUGGUGUCCCUGAAGCCAUCGCCAAGGAUGCGAAAGCGCCCUCAGGCUCCACAGUUGCUUGGCCGGUCGUCCGGCCUGUACACGUCUUGGAGCAGCGACGGCCAGAGGGCGGCGGCAUCAUAGAGCCGCGCCGUGGCUUGUCGCUUCGGGUGCCCCUGUGA